AUGGUCACGAGUCUACGUGAGGGUAUGAAUCUUACCAGCCAUGAAUUUAUCCACUGCCAGGAUGGCCUACUCUCAUCGUCCAAACACGGUCCAUUGAUUCUCAGUGAAUUCACUGGCAGUGCAUCAAUAUUCAACUACCACCCCCUCCUUGUUAAUCCAUGGAACUAUCAAGAAUGUGCAGAUGCAAUAAAUACAGCUCUCGAAAUGUCUCCAGAGACUCGCCUAGCGCAAUGGACUCGUCUCAAUAAUACUGCAAAGGACCAUGUCACCACCCGGUGGGUAAACAAUUUCACAGAGGCUCUGGACCGCGCAUACCGCCAGCAUUCCACUCGUGAAACCGUUGCCGUCCCCAGGCUAUCGAUUCCUAAUCUCUGCAAUGCCUACCGUACAUCUUCCCGUAGGCUCCUCAUCCUAGAUUAUGAAGGUACCCUGGUGAGCUGGGGACAACCGACAAGUACUGUCCUUACAACUCCUCAGCGAGCUAUCGAUACCCUGACGGACCUUCUUGAAGAUCCCUUAAACACAGUCUACGUGAUGUCCUCACGUAUGCCAGAAGACAUGGAACGCCUCUUUAGCCGCGUUCCCGGCCUUGGCCUAAUAGCUGAGAACGGAUGCUUUGUGCGGCCGCCCCCCAUGCUGUCUCCAACGCCUUCCCCUCCAACGACAGGCACAUUUGUAACCUCAAACUGGAUCCGUCUCAUUGAUAUGACUAAGAUGAAUGACUGGAAGCUAUCCCUUUCCCCUAUGCUUCGUUACUUCCAAGAACGUACAGAAGGAAGCUGGAUUGAAGAAACACACGCCUCACUCAUCUUCCAUUAUGAGCGUGCGGAGGACCCACAAAGCGCAGAACGUCAUGCCUCCGAAUGCGCAAAUAAUGUCAACGACAGUUGCGGCAACCAUAGUCUAAGAGCAAUACAGAUGGACGGCUGCGUCGUUGCCGGGCCUGUGGAACCAAACAAAGGUACUGCCGCUAAUGUGGUAUUUUCCACAUAUACGAGGAGAGAGUCCCGCAGAAGCUCCAGCGCUGGUAGUGUGAGUAGCGCUAGACAGGGUAUGGCUAUUGAAUGGAAGAGUGAGACAGAAGACAAUGAUGAAGAUGUGCCGGACUUUAUCCUUGUGAUUGGCGAUGGAAGAGAUGACGAACCCGCAUUCAGAUGGGCAAAUGAACUUGGCGAAGAAAAGAAGGUGAAGAACGUCAUGACAGUUACGUUAGGAUUCAAAAACACGGAAGCCAUGGCCACUUUAAAUCAAGGCGUUACCGGAGCAUUGUCAUGCCUAGGAAAACUGGUUGAUAUAUCGCAGCGGAGGGAUUCGGCAUCACUUGCUCAAAAGCUAUCUUAUAUCCCGGCGUCAAAUGGAGAGUGA